AUGAUUGUGACAUAUAAGGAAAAGUUCGGACUUGCACCGGCGACUGCAGCUAUCGGAGACCGUAUUUUCCUGCUUCGAGGAGGAUACAUGCCAUUUGUGCUCAGGGAAAAAGAGUGGAAAGGGAAAGAACGCGAGGCGGAAGAGCAGUUGGGAGAGGGGCCACCAAAGCAAGUAACAGAACAAGAUUUGAUGUUGGGAGUUAUAAAAACUAUCCUUGAGAUUAUGAAUAUAAAAGCGUCAUCUUCUGAUGAGAGCCCGGAUGCUAUGCAGAACGAGAAAGGUAAAGCAUCGAAAUGGGAAUUGAUAAGGAAUUGCUACAUAAAUGGAAUGAUGGAUGGUGAGAAAUGGGUAGAAAGUAAAUACAGUGAUAUGUCUUUUGUCUAG